AUGAAUUGCUUAAAAUACUUUGAUAAUUUAUUGACAUUCUAAAAAAGUGAUUUUUUGUCACACUCUAAUCUUCAUAUUUCAAUAAGUUCUUAAAUUGGUAACAAAGAAAUAUUGACUUUAAGUUCAGCUUUAGAAAAAUGUACUAACCUCUAAAAUUUGAGGCUCCAACUAUAGAAUAAAAAAAUUGGUCCUGGUGCUAUGUUAGAUUUAGGCCUUGCUUUAGCAUAGUGUCUUCAUCUUUCAAAUCUGAAUUUACAAAUUUAUUGGAAUUCUAUUUAAGCAGAAGGAGCUUCUGAUUUAGGCAUUGGUUUAGGAAAAUGCAUUAAUCUAUCAACCCUAUUUCUUAACAUUAGUGGCAAUUAAAUUUAUGAUAAAGGCACAUAAAAUUUAAGUUUAAGUCUAGCAAAAUGCUCUAAGCUAACUACAUUAACUCUCGAUAUUAGUAAUAAUCAAGUUAGCGAUGAUGGUAUAUCUUGUUUAGGCAGUGUAUUGUAAUCAUUUACUAAAAUGGAAUCUUUGACCUUAAUACUCUUUAGCAAUUAAAUCGGGUCACUUGGUUCUUCAAAUUUAGGUCUUGGUAUAGCUGGUUGUAUUUCUCUCUCUUCUUUAACAAUUAAUCUUAGAUGGAAUAAAAUUGGAUCAUUAGGUGCAUAAAAUUUAAGCUCUGCUUUGUCAAAUUGCCCUAAACUGUAAAUAUUGAGAUUGGAUUUGAGUAGUAAUGAAAUUGGUGAUGAAGGCGCUAUAGGAUUAGGCUCUCAUUUAAAAAAAUUUACUAACCUGUUUGCUUUUUCACUUGAGCUUUGUUGGAAUUAAAUUGGAGAUCUUGGUUUGUAGUACUUAUGUUCUUCUAUAGUAACUUGCUCUAAUAUUUAAUUUAUUAAGUUUGAUAUCAGUGAUAAUAAGAUUAGUAAGAAAUAUCAUCAAUAUUUAAGAACUCAAUUAAAUAAAAUCAAGAGAUUAGUGAAGAAAAUUAUGCCUCUGUGA